AUGGAGCGUGACCAGCUAGCGGCUCCCGCUCCCAGCGAGUCCGCUGCUUCUGAUUAUCGCGACCACUCUCUGGCCGAUGCCGAAGUUGCUCCUUCGUCCGACUGCGAGAAUAACGGCUUCCACGAUCACCAUUAUUCCCAGUCGCAGCAUUAUGACCAAGACGAUGCCGCUGAAAGCGAACCAACAGCCCGCUACAAUACUCCAUCCGGAUCAGGGCAGCAGAUAUCCCGUCCUCCGUCCGGCCUAUCGGGAGAGAGAGGAGCCGGGUAUGCGACGGAUCAGGGAUCCCGGGCUGGGAGUAACAGUGCUUCACAAGAACAACAGCAACAGCAGUCUCAGCAGCCGCCAGCGCGCAACCAUGUCGUGAUCAAGGUUGGCAUGGUGGGCGAUGCCCAGAUCGGCAAGACCAGUUUGAUGGUCAAGUACGUUGAGGGAAGCUGGGAUGAGGAUUAUAUCCAAACUUUGGGCGUUAACUUCAUGGAGAAGACCAUCAGCAUUCGUAAUACCGAGAUCACCUUCAGCAUCUGGGACCUGGGCGGCCAGCGUGAAUUCGUCAACAUGCUGCCUUUGGUGUGCAACGAUGCCGUGGCCAUCCUUUUCAUGUUUGACUUGACUCGGAAGAGCACGUUGAACAGCAUUAAGGAGUGGUAUCGCCAGGGGCGCGGGUUCAACAAGACCGCCAUUCCUGUGCUGGUCGGUACCAAAUAUGACCACUUUGUGAACCUGUCGCGAGAGGAGCAGGAGGAAAUUUCCAACCAGGCUCGUCGGUUUGCUAAGGCCAUGCGUGCAUCGUUGAUCUUCAGCAGCACCAGCCAUAGCAUCAAUGUCCAGAAGAUCUUUAAGAUUGUGCUUUCGAAGGCAUUUGACCUGAAAUGCACUAUUCCUGAAAUUACUAAUGUCGGCGAGCCGCUUCUCAUCUACAAAGAUGUCUAA